CAGGACUCCUCUCGGUGUGAUUCAAGAUGGCUGCCACAAGUGAAGAUGAAAAAGAUGAUAAUUUAAAAGACUUUAGAGAAGCUGUCGUACAAAAUAAUAACUCAAAUGAAAAGGUUUCUGACAGCGAGAGUGAUAACGAAGAAAUUACAAAGAUUAGAUCUGAACUUUCAACUAUCCCAUUUUGUGAACUUCAAGCUUUGAAAGAUAAGAUUGGAGUAAAAAAGUUUAAUGCUGCACUUCAUGGCUUGUCAAAUUCUGCAAAGAAUCAGAAUAUCACAACAUUGAAAAGAAAGAAUAAAAACAGACCACGCGAAAUGUCAUCGAAAAGACCAGUUUCAAAGUUCAGAUCAGUUGUUCCUGUUACAAAAAAGGCUCCUAGAGACCCCAGAUUUGAUGAUAUUUCUGGGAAAUUUAACGAAAACAUGUUUGAGAAAGCUUAUUCCUUUCUGGACAAUAUAAAACACCAGGAAAUGGAGCAAGUUCAAAAAGAAAUGAAGGCUGAAAAAGAUCCAACUCGAAAAACCAAACUACGUUCACUAGCUCAGAGGAUGGAACAAGCGGAGAAAUUAAGGAAUUUAAAGAAGAAACGAAAAGAAAAAAUGAAAGAGAGAAGAGAAGGAGAACAAGCCUUGAUCAAGCAGGGAAAACGACCGUUUUAUUUAAGAAAAUCUGAAAGAAAGAAACUCGAAUUAGCUGAGAAGUACAAGACGUUGAAGGAAUCGAAGAAACUCGAUCGAUAUAUGAACAAAAAGAGGAAGAAAAACGCGAUGAAACAACGUAAAAUGUUGCCAAAGGAAAGAACGUGAUUUAUAAGAAGAAUAUGGCGAGGUCACUAAGGUGUUGGUUUGAUGUUCCUGCAGUGAAUUGCAGCAAAAAGCAGAAUUCAGAUCACGCAGUUCAGCUGAUGUUUUUUCAGACAUGCCACUGAUGUCUUGCAAUGUCUCUUUUUCAUUUCCGAGCAGAGAUCCAUGCUUUAAAAUGUUUGACAAUGAUGGAACCGCAGUACAUAACAUUAACAGAGUAUAAAAUAGCUUCAUUCGUGUGAAGAACAAUACAUGAGUCUGAUUUAUAGACCUUUUUAUAAUGCAAGCGCGGAAAGUCUGAUGUCACGUUAGUUUUGCGAUCCCAAUCAAACUUUGUGUUACAUUUUACAUUCAACUUUUACAUCCAACGCAUUUGCUAUAACUAUCACCUGUU